CUCAGGCGAGGGCGGAGGGUUUUCGGGGCGGUUUCCGGCGUGUCGCCGGAAGCAGCGCGGAGCGCCGUAGUGAUGGCGAACUUGGUCCGGGACCCGGCCAUUGAUCGCUCUCUGCGCUCGGUAUUCGUGGGAAAUAUUCCAUAUGAAGCUACAGAAGAACAAUUGAAGGAUAUUUUCUCUGAAGUUGGCCCAGUGUUGAGUUUCAGACUUGUGUAUGACAGAGAAACAGGUAAACCCAAAGGUUAUGGCUUCUGUGAGUACCAGGAUCAGGAGACUGCACUCAGUGCCAUGCGCAAUCUCAAUGGGAGAGAGUUUAAUGGAAGAGCGUUGCGUGUGGACAAUGCUGCAAGUGAGAAGAAUAAGGAAGAGCUCAAGAAUCUUGGUACAGCAGGCCCUGUCAUGGAGUCUCCUUAUGGUGAUCCAGUCUCUCCGGAAGAUGCUCCAGAGUCCAUCAGUCGUGCUGUAGCCAGCCUUCCGCCUGAGCAAAUGUUUGAACUCAUGAAACAAAUGAAGCUCUGCAUUCAGAACAGUCCUCAGGAAGCUCGGAACAUGCUUCUUCAGAAUCCUCAACUAGCAUAUGCACUUUUGCAGGCACAAGUGGUCAUGAGAAUUGUGGAUCCUGAAAUUGCCAUGAAAAUGUUACAUCGACCAGCCAAUGUGACACCACUGAUUUCGUCUGGUCAACCUACAGCAGGACCAAGUGCAGCCUCAGUUCAAGCUGCUCCUCCAGUCUCCCAGCCACAGCCAAUGAGUGGGAUGCAUGUGAAUGGGGCUCCUUCUAUGAUGCAGCAAUCUAUCCAGGCUGCGACCUCCGUUCCUGGGCCAGGACCGGUACAAGGUCCGGGGGGGCCAGUACCUGGACCGGGACCAGGACCAGGACCAGUUGGGCCUGGAGGAAAUAUGCAGCCGCAGAUGGGUCUUCCACCCUCAGGACCCGUGCCCAUGGACAGAGGACAAGGAAAUAUGCACUCACCUGUGGCCUCCGCAGGGACUGCACAGAUCGAGAGAGGACAAGUCCCAAUGCAGGAUCCUCGAGGCAACAUGCAGCGGGGUCCACCAGUAGGUGGGGCUCCAGCUCCGAGAGGUUUAUUGGGAGAUGCACCAAAUGACCCACGUGGAGGGACUCUGCUUUCUGUCACUGGAGAGGUGGAACCAAGAGGGUAUAUUGGUCCCCCGCAUCAAGGCCCACCCAUGCACCAUGUGCCUAGUCAUGAUGGCAGAGGACCUCCUGACAUGAGGAAUGCCCAUGAACCACGAGGAAUGCAACAUGACAUGAGAGCAGGGCCAAUGGGAGAACAGAGAGGACCCAUUGGUGAACAGAGGGGCCCAAUGGGUGAGCCACGUGGGCCAAUGGGAGAACCAAGAGGACCAAUGGGAGAUCCAAGAGGGAUGAUGGGAGAUCCAAGAGGUCCAAUGAUGGAUCAGAGAGGACCUCCUCAUGAGUCUAGAGGUUCAUUUGAUCCCCGCAGUAUUCCAACUCAUGAUCCUCGAUCUGGACCUCAGCAUGAUCCUCGCUCCCAACCUCCUCCUGCUCAGCAAGACCCUCGUGGAGGGUCUUACCCGAACACGCAUCAACCAAAUGCACCCAUGGGCACUAGAGAUCCCAGAGGUAUUGAUUCAAGAGGUAUUGAUACCAGAGGACCAGGGCCUGGGCCAGGGCCAGGACCAGGUCCAAACCAAGGCCCAGUCUCAAAUCCAAGAGGGCCAAUGGCAGGAGGACUACAGGUUCCAGGUCCAAGCACUCAUCAAAUAGGGAACAGUGGCCCACAGGGAUCCCAGCAACCUGUUCCACCCCGACAGGGUCCUACUCACACAGUGGCUGGGGGUCAACCUGGAGGAUUCAGCCCUGCUCAGACUCAAGUGACACCUCAGGACCAUGAGAAGGCUGCGCUGAUUAUGCAGGUACUCCAGUUGACUCCAGAACAGAUUGCCAUGCUACCUCCGGAGCAGAGACAGAGUAUCCUUAUUCUGAAGGAACAGAUUCAGAAAUCUGCAGGAGCCCCUUGAGAAUGGGUACUUUAUGGGCUGCCUGCAUCUGGAGGAAUUCUCAAUCUUCUCAGUUACCUAAUAUUGUGGUGGCAUACCACGAGGGUGUUCUGCAUCAUCAUCUUUAUUUGUUUUAACUUAGUGAAGGAGAGAAAAAAGCCAAAGGACUGUCAUCACAAUGUGGAAACAUUGUUACCUGAAUUGGUUUUCUUUGUUAAAAAUACAGCAAGAAAUUUUGACGGGCGGGGCUAUAAAGAGACCAGAUUUAUGGGAUUUGCAGUUUUUGUUGCUACUGUAGGGAUUGAAAUUGUUUUCUGUUUGAAACUACAGAAUAAUUACUGACUGCUUCAAGAUGUUAAAUUUUGAAAUGGUCAGGAGACCAGGUGUUAGACUAAGGGAAACUCAUCGUUCAGACCAGGUUUAAUUUGAAAUGUGGUGCACGUUCAAGUGGUCCUGACGGUUUCCUCCCUGCCUCAAGGUCCAUUUCCUUGCAAACUCCAACUCCCUUUGGUAAAGAUGUACUCUUUUACCAUAUGGUUCCACUGCAUGUUAGUGCUGAGAUUUUUACAGCUGCAUUGUUGAUUUAUAAAUCGUGCUCUCUCUAUCUCUACCCAUCCCACUUUUUUAAUAACAAGUUCUAGCCACAUCAUUGGAUUGUCCCUAAUGUAUCUUGGCAGUAAAGGCCAGUUUAGUUCUCAUUUAUUGUUAAGUAUGCUGGAGAAAAGUGAUAUUUCUGCAGCAAUUUUUACAUAAAAAUGAAUCAAAACUCA